CGGGGAGGUCCCAAAAUGGCGGAGUGAGAGGUGUUGUUUUUGCAGGCUCUCCGCAUGCAGUUAAAGUUUAGCCUAGAUUUAAUCCAAUUUGUGUGCUUUAGCCCCGUUUUAAAGCGUCUUAGGCUUUUUUUUGUUCUUAGUUUAAUAACUUUUUGAAACUUUUUCAGCCUUUUUGUUCUUUUUGCCAUCUGGGAGUUUAUCUACGGAGGCUAGCAUGUCAGACCAUGAUUACAAUCGGCUGGCUCUUCAAGAGGCUUGCGACAAAGGCAUUAUUGAAGAAAUUGAGUUGGUUGGGGUCACGUCUGAUCCUUCUUGUAAAGAACAGAAAGUGAACUGGGAUCACACACCUAUUAAGAACAAAAGCAAGAAGAAAAUGAAGCUACAGGAGCCUGAAGGAUCAGGAUCCUUUCAGUGCAACAAUACUAUUACUGCAAGAAGAUAUCAAAACCCAGAAGCAUUGAUGUCGAAUCUACAGAUCCUCUCCUCAUUUUUUCUCCUGCUUACCCUGGGGCUGCUCAUGGUUAUUAUGGGCCAGUAUAAAGAGAUGGAGAUUCUACAGCGGAGUAAUGAACAGCUGACGAAGUCCAAACAAAUGGCUUACAAUAAACUUCAACAGGAAAUAGAUUUUAAAAGAUCGUUGCAGGACCUAAAAACAAAGGGGGAACAAGUUUUGAAGGAUUUGGAAGCUGAACUCGCUAAACUUGCUACGCAGCUGGAGGGCAAGACACCUGAGAUCAGUACCUGUCAAGAGCAACUGAAAAUAAAAAACGAGGAGCUGGCGCCUCUAGAGGAGACUGCUAACAGCAUCUCAGGGGCCUUUAAGGCAGAGUCUGAAAUCUGGGAAAAGAACAUCGUGGAUCUGAAAGCAAAUCUAACAGCACCCAGGCCUAUAUGUAAUUACCUGAAAGAUGUUAAGGAAGCUAAGAAACUAUGUUCCACACAGACCUCCUCUAACUGAAGAACAGUUUAGUAUAUACAUCUACAACCCCAACAUGUUAAUAAAAUUAAUUUGUAAGCCCAAAAUAAAUUUUAUACUUGCACAAAUUCCACCCUGUGAUGGACUGGUGACCUGUCCAGGGUUUACCCUGCCUCUCGCCCAAUGACCACUGAAGAUAGGCACUAGCCCCCACGAAAACCUUGCAAGGACAAGCAGAUAUGGAUGGAUGGAUGCAUACAAACGGCUGUUAUAUAAAUGUUUGUUGUUGUUUUUUUUUUUACAAAUUUUACUGACAAUUUGUGUAGUUCUUUUGACAACAUCCACAGCGGUGAGGGUGGUUGGGUCUUAUUUUUUUAAAGUCUUAGCUCAUAUAACAUUUUUCAAAUGUCCUGAAUUGUUUAGAGACAAUUGUUUUAUUUUACGUCUACUGGCAGCAUUUAAAAAUCUCAACAAAAAUGUUGAAAAGUGCGCCUCAUUGUAUUGACUGGUAUUGUAGUAUUUAUAUUCUAAAUAAAUUUGUGUUAUUUUCUUGAGAAGGGA